AUGGCUGAGAGAAGAAAAGAACAGAAUGUUCAUGACGACCAAAACGCCAUGGCCGUCGUACCUCAUUUACCAAACCUUGUUAUCCACCACAUUCUCGGCUACCUUCCCACAAAACUUGCGAUUCACACGAGCUUUCUUUCGAAGAAUUGGCUAGGCAUAUGGUCUUCGCUCCCCGUAAUAGAUCUCCAAGAAGAAGGCAAUGACGGCGACGAGUUCAACAUGGUUGAAGAUACAAAGUUUACAAACUUCUUGGUAAGGUACUUGGAGCUGCGUGACAAAGACAGUCCUUUAGAAAAACUACGGCUUCACAUGAGAUCUCGCUGCGCAGACAAGACUGUGGUAGAGAGGUUGCUCAGUUUUUCGGCUACUAAAAGUGUCAAAGAGUUGGACAUCUGCUUUAUGAACCUCUACUACUAUUUUCCACAUAACAUUCUUAAUGCAAAAACUAUAACUGCACUAAGUUUGGAGUGUGUCAGUAUAAAAGCCACUGAGGAACGUAUAAGUUUUCCAUCCCUAAAAACAAUUUCCCUCAACAGAGUGGAGUUUGGCAUGAAAAAUACUUUGUUCAUGAGCUUAAUUUCUAGGUCUCCUUCCAUUGAGCAUAUUUCAGUGAACUCAUGUCAUGGCUUGACUGUGCUACCUGAUAAGUUACUUACAUUUACAAGUUCGAGCCUAAAGUCCUUAGAAGUGAGUCGCUGCAAAUACUCCAUUAAAGUAACAGCUGCGAAUCUCGAAUCUUUUACACUCCUCGCUUCUGAACAUGAAGAAAUUGCAGAAGUAACCUUGGAUAGAUGCCGCAACUUGAAACACAUCAACAUCCAUGCUGGAUGCUUGUAUAGUCUUGACUUGCUUGGAUGCCAUGAUAGCAUGAAGGCUACCAUCGAUGUACCAGGCCUAAGUUUUUUAUCUUUCAAUGGCUAUAUGAAGCAUCACAUUAUUGAGAAAACUAGAAACUUAUAUAAAGGGGGUAUAGUUGCAGUUCGGGACAGGAAACCCACCUUUGAGUCAUCAUGGAAACACUUUUCUACUCUCAGCUAUUUUCUUGAAAAAGGUUAUGGUUCUUGCUACGCAUCAAUACGCCUAAUUGUUUAUGAUCCGGAGGCUUGGACGUUUCCAAAAGAUUUCAGGAAGAUUUGCUCUCCACCGCUGCCUCUUCUCACAAAACUUCAGGUCGACAUUGUCAACUAUCCAACAGAGAAAAUAGAUUCUGAAUUCUGGGAUUCCUUGCGUUGGAUGGCACCAAAAGCAAUCUGGAAUCCUGGAUAUUGCCCAAACAAUCUGUGA